AUGACGGAGCCAGAAUCCACUGUACGAAAUGAUUCAGAUAGUGAUAAUGGCCCAGAAGAUGCCGCCUCCAGGACGACACCACCUAGAAGAGCCAAGACUCCAAAAGUUCGAGGAUGCUUAGAACUCGUUGAUCAAGGGAUAAUAGAGCCGACUACAUCACCAUGGGCAUGCGAAGUGUUUUAUGUCAACAAGAGGAGUGAACAAGUUCGUGGUAAACUAAGAUUGGUGAUAAAUUAUCAGCCUCUUAAUCACUUCUUGGUCGAUGAUAAGUUCCCUCUUUCCCAAAAGAAGUCGUUGUUCCAAUCCCUAGCAGAUGCAAGAUUACUAUCUAAGUUUGAUCUAAAAGCCGGAUUUUGGCAACUUGGCAUAACUCCUGAAGAUAGGGCAAAAACUGCCUUCUAUAUUCCAGAUCAUCAUUACCAGUGGAAGGUGAUGUCGUUCGGGUUAAAAAAAUGCUCCAUCAGCUUUUCAAAAGGGUAUGACGGUACGUAUCAGCCACAGCCCCAUGUUGCCCAAGAAUUGCGCAAAUUCCCAGACAAGCUGACGUCACAAAAGGAAAUCCAACAAUUUCUUGGUCUCAUCAAUUAUAUGGCUGAUUUCUUAUCGAAGCUGUCAAGUCAUACAGUGCACUUGUUCCCUAUGCUAAAGAAAGAUUCCCCACCAUGGACUGACAAACAGACACUAGCUGUAAAAGCAAUAAAGCAACUAGCUGAUGUGAUGCCCCCUUUAAAGAUUCCCACUGCUACCGACAAGCGAAUCUUGCAGACCGAUGCAAGUGAUGAAUACUAG